CUGUGAAUGGAAAGAAUGCUGCUUUGUAGGGAAAUGCAUGGAGGAAUUUUGUAAUCAUAUUGCAGAACACUUGGAUGAGUACCUACAGCACCCCCUGGAAACAGCAGAGCAGUACCAGUGUUGUUGGAGAAGUUGUGAAUUUGAGGCUAAAGUUCCCAGAGAGCUGGUAACACAUGUCAAUUUUCACAGUUACCACACCAAACUGAAGUUCAUAGGCUGUCAGUUAUGGGCACUGCACCAGGAUUUGCCCGUGUGUUUGCAGAGCAGUCGUAGCUGUCAUCAGUUACCAAAGACUUCAGAGGAGUUUGUUUGCCGCUGGGAGAAUUGUGACGUUACCUUCAAUAACCCAGUGUGGUUUUAUCAACAUGUUGCUAAUCAUGCCUAUGCUACUGAGGAAGAAAUUAUUGCAGAUCAGAAGAAAGCUGUUUAUUGUCACUGGAAAGAUUGUUUAGGUGUAUUUAAAGGAAAACAUAAGCUCUGGGAUCAUUUAAGAACCCACACACAGGAAAGAGUUGUAGCAUGUCCUACUUGUGGAAGAAUGUUCUCCAAUAACACUAAGUUUUUUGAUCACACAAAGAGACAAGUUUCAGAAGAUAAUCGAACGUUUGUUUGCCAGAACUGUCAGAAACAUUUUGCCAAUGAAAGGCUGCUACGUGAUCACAUGAGGGGACAUGUUAAUCAUGUUACAUGUGCCCUUUGUGACAUGGUAUGCGCAAGUGUCUCCUCACUGAAAGCACACACCAGAUUCCGACACUGUAAUGAACGUCCUUUCCAUUGUCAUCUCUGUGACAGCAGUUUUAAGAACGCGUAUGAUCUGCAUAAACAUGUUGAAACACACAAUGAUUCAGAUGCCUACAGCUGUGAUGUUGAAGGAUGUGGUUUUAUUUCACGGACUUUACAAACUUUGAAACAGCAUUACAAGAGAGUGCAUGUGAGUAAUGGCAUUUUGAAAUACAAAUGCCACAUCUGUCAGAAAUGUUUCUCCUGGAGUUAUACAUUGACUCUACAUCUUCGAAAAGCUCAUAAACUCCACAGCCAUUCUCGUUUCAGAUAUAAAGAAGAUGGUAAGGGUCAUAUGAGUUUGAAAGUAGCAGUGUAUAAUGACAUCAUGGAUUCAGGUGAGGCUGUCAAUAACAAGACAGGAACAAAUAAGCCUUCAUCAAGUCAAAAUAGUUUUGGAAGAGAAGGAGGAGACUCAUGCAAAAGAAACACUUCAACAGUAGAAAUGCUUUUCAUGCAGCUUCAGCCAGCAUCACAAGCUACUGGAGAAAAUGUUUGGGUAGAAACAGAGACUUCUAUGCCAGAGCCUGUGUAUUCUGAACUUCAAACUGCUGUACAGACAUUUGAAAGCUGUUGUACUUCCAAUGAAGUUGAUGAAGCAACACCAAUGAAUGUGAAGGAAAAACCAGAAGAAGGAGCUGGGCUUGGGAGUCAGAUAGCUUUCUAGAAAAACAGCCUUUUAAUGGAUUCUUACUGUGAAAACUAUACUCUUUUGAAGGGGUUUAUUCUCUUAAAUAAAAUAGGUUUUAAAGUCUUCACUUUUAUCCUUGACAGAUCUUGUAUAUAAUACUGUAUGUUCUCACCUUUCACAUUAACCUAUUCUAAUGUGCAUAGAGAAUAUAUGCAAAAUAAAAUAUUAUGCAUGUAUAAUACUUUCAUUUAUAGCCUUUUGGAGAAGAAACUUUUAAGUUCUAUAUAUUCACCUAGCAUAUAUAUGUGUGCAUGUGUAUUUAUUUAUUGAAAAUAUAUAUCCCGUGGGGAAAGUGUUGAACCAAUGCAUGAGACAAACAGUUUGAACUGGUAGGUAAAGCACCUCAUUUUCUUUUAGCCUCCUACAUUAUUUAUUAGAAAUCAGAUAGCAGCUUGUGAGAUGUAUAUUAAACCCCAGUUUUGGCAGGCUUCUUAGCUUUACUUAGUGACUUUCUCUAAUAACUCUUGAAAUUAUUUCAGACUUUAUUCUCAUAAAGGACUUUUAAGCUACAAUUAAAUGAUUAAAUUUAAAUAAAAACCAUAAGGUAUGUCUAAAUAAAAUAGUUAAAGAUGUUCACAGAGCUGGAUUUAUAUAGGAUUUAUGUACAAUUUGGUACAAUGGAAAUUUUAUAGUUAUUUAUUGGGUGCUGGAGAUACAACAAUGAGAAAGUAAAUGAAUGUUAUUGGCAGUAUAACUAAAUGUACCCACCUGUGUUUUCACAAAUAAUUCCACAUAGCCAUGGUUAUCCUGACCUGUUAGAAAAAGUUCAUGCAAAGGCAUAUAUUUGAGUCUUUUAUAAAGGGCAUAGACAAAAAGACAGGUAUAUCACAAUAAAAAUGAAUGAUGGUGUUUGAACCAUUUCUUUUAAAACAGGAACUGAAUAAGCCCUCCAAAUAAAAUAUCUAAGACCUGUAUGCACGAGAAGGUGGCAUCCAGUCAGCUUGAAACCUGGUUUACCCUGUGCUAGCUACCAUGAGCCAGUGUCCCUUGAGGACCCAGAGGCAUUCUCUGAGAAGGGCUUCCUGUGCCAGUUUGACAGUGCAACUUUCAGCUCAUAGACAGAGUGAUAUUGUAUCACCAGCAUUUCCUGAAUAUUUAUUCCUUUAUGAAGACAAAUGGCUACUGAGAGCACAGGAUGAGCCAUCAGCUUGCAUACAGGUGAGGCCCUCAGCACCAGAAGGCACACUGGGAAUAGUUUGAAAAAAAGUAGGCUGUCUGAAAUUGAAGUGAGCUUGCAAUGUAACCCUAAAGAUGCUGGGGCACUUCUGUAUGGGAGGAUUUAAACUGCAUCUCCUGUAGAAAACUGUCUCUCUUGAACUGGCCCCUUAUCAUCUGGCUGCUGCCUACUGUUGCAGACAUGGAACAUGAGGCUGGGCUGGGCCAGUGGGGAGCUGGGGUAUGUGCUAUAUGGGAGCACUAUGGGGAUGUGCUCCCAUUCACCCCCAUAGCUGGAAGAGCACAACAUUCUGCCACGAGGGCCUCUAGGAGCAGGUAGAGUGGUGAUAGCAGCAUAUACUUCCUACAUUUGCUGUCACAAAGAGCAUGGGCAAGUGAGCCUGCUGAUUGGUUUGUGCCAGUUUGCUACACCUGCAUUAGGAAUGGGAGUGGGGCUUGCUGGAGGGAGCCCUAAGUCAUGACUGUGCCCUCAUUCUCACUGCUGCUUCAGCCUGACAAUUUGGACCAGGUUGUCUGCAAUGCUUGGCAAUCUUGGCCAGAGACAGAAAAUGAAUUCAAGUCUCCUGUCACAAAUACAGGUACAGUAAAACUGAUGGCUGUAAAAAAUUUCCUUCUGCAGCUGUCCAGCUUGUUACUGCCUUAAA